AUGGACGAAGUUCGACAAACAUUCGCGCGCUGUCGCGAGGAAGGGCGUGCAGCAUUGAUCACUUACGUGACGGCGGGCUAUCCGAGUGUUCAAGGAGCCCCCGAUGUAAUGCUAGGCUUGCAGGCCGGCGGGGCAGAUAUCAUUGAGCUUGGUAUCCCUUUCACAGACCCGCUCACGGACGGCGUGAUCAUUCAGAAGUCCAACGCUCAAGCCCUGAAGAACGGUGUCAAUAUUCAAUGCAUGCUUGAGAUUAUCAAGAAAGCACGUGCCCAGGGACUAACUGUCCCGGUUCUGCUGAUGGGAUAUUAUAACCCCGUACGGGCAUAUGGGGAAUAUGAGCUACUUCAGGACAGCAAAGCCGCCGGGGCAAAUGGGUUCAUCAUUGUUGACCUCCCGCCCGAGGAGGCAGUCCGAUUUCGGAAAUCUUGCAAGACACAAGGCCUUUCGUAUAUCCCACUUAUCGCCCCGUCCACAACCGACGAUCGCAUGGAUAUGCUGUGUGAAAUAGCCGAUUCAUUCAUAUACGUCGUCUCCAGAAUGGGGGUGACUGGAGCCACCAAAACACUUUCGGAAAGCCUGGAUGGGUUGCUUAGUCGAAUCUACGCCCGAAUUGGGAACCGUGUACCUGCCGUUGUAGGAUUCGGUAUCAACACCCGUGAACAAUUUCAACAGGUGGCUCGAAUGGCGAAUGGCGUGGUGAUCGGCAGCCACAUCAUUAGUCUCAUCGGAGAUGCGGCGCCGGGCUCUGAGUCACAAAUCGUGAAGGACUACUGUUUGAAUGUUGCGGGCCGGACUGAAGACCAAGUUGCCGAUCAUCCUCUGAUUGCGGUAGACAGGACUUCUGUCAGAACGCCAGCGCUUGAUGCCACUGCCGCUAGCCUCGGAAGGGAUUCCAACCCCAAUUUCACAGGAGGACAAGAUCGCUUUGGUGAUUUUGGAGGCCAGUACGUUCCCGAGAUUCUUAUGGAAUGCUUGAAUGAACUCGAGAAGGGAUUCGAAAAGGCGAGCGGGGAUCCUUCAUUUUGGGAAGAGGUUCGGUCGUACGCUGCGUAUGCGAACCGACCGUCAUCACUGCAUCUCGCCCAAAGACUCACGGAUCAUGCUGGUGGUGCACGAAUUUGGUUGAAACGCGAGGACUUGAAUCACACCGGAAGUCACAAGAUCAACAAUGCCCUCGGUCAGAUUCUCCUUGCUCGACGUCUGGGGAAAACAUCCAUCAUCGCCGAAACAGGCGCUGGCCAGCAUGGUGUCGCUACGGCGACACUCUCCGCGCUCUUCGGGAUGAAGUGCACGAUAUUCAUGGGCUCCGAGGACACGCGUCGUCAAGCCCUGAAUGUAUUCCGGAUGAAGCUCUUGGGAGCAACAGUCAUUGCAGUCCCCGGGAAAGAUGGCGAAAAGGGCGGCACUCUUCUUGAUGCCGUCAACGAAGCGUUCCGAACCUGGGUCACCGACCUCCAAUCCACUCACUUUGUCAUUGGCUCUGUAUUUGGACCUCAUCCCUAUCCAACCAUCGUGCGCACCUUCCAGUCUGUUAUCGGGGCCGAGACGCGCGCUCAGUAUCAAGAGCUGAAACCAGGAUCUCUCCCCGAUGUCGUCAUGGCCUGUGUAGGCGGUGGUUCUAAUGCUUCUGGGAUGUUCCAUCCUUUCUUGGAAGACACCUCCGUGGCUCUGAUUGGGGUCGAGGCUGGCGGCGAGAACUCGUCUAUCGGGAAUCAUUCAGCUACCUUGGGAUACGGGUCAGUCGGUGUCCUCCACGGAGUUCGAACCUAUAUCCUGCAGGAUAAGCAUGGUCAAAUAACACCCACGAAGUCUGUGUCGGCUGGGCUGGACUAUCCUGGAGUUGGUCCGGAGUUGGCCAGCUGGAAAGAUUCGCAAAGAGCGACGUUCAUCACGGCAGAUGACAAGGAAGCGUUGGACGCCUUUGUGCUUUUGAGUAAAUUAGAAGGCAUCACGCCUGCAUUGGAAAGUUCUCAUGCCGUGGCUGGCGCUGUGCGGGUAGCGAAAGAGCUGGGACCAGGCAGAGAUGUUGUUGUUUGCUUGAGCGGAAGAGGGGAUAAAGACGUCCAAGCCGUGGCGAAUCUCCUCAAAGAUGGUGGCUCUUUUUGA